AUGUUUUCUUAUUUAAAUAAUGAUAUCGAUGUGCAAGAUGUGAUAACACAUAGUAAGGUAGUUUGGAUUUGCAUCCUCUGUCGAAAAAAGCAAGAACUUCUUAGCAAAACUGGACAGUGGAUGUUUGGUGGUCCAAAUGCAGACCCUGAUUUGCCUCAACUGCAACAAGCGCCAUCUGAUAAAAGGCCGAAAUUAGAACGAGCGCAUUCAGCAGCCGAAAAAGAAAAUCAACCUCUUCAAAGAUCAGGUAGCUUGUUAAGGAGACAAUAUUCAGAACAAGAACCAAGGGCACCUUCUUGUGAAAGGUAUCCAGAACAAGAGGCUGAACCCGUUCAAAUGGAGCAUUCCCAGCAAAGGGUCCAACCCAUGGCGAGUGCUAAUAAAAAACACAAACGAAGCGGUUCAACAAAAAAGCAUCAACAACACGCCCCACCCCAAGUGCAACUUCAUAAUUAUUCCAGUUCAGAAGAAGAUCUGAAGUCCACUCCAGAAUACGGUAGUGAUGAAAGAGAUAGUGAGAAAGGUAGAGGAAGCAUACCUUUGGUAGAUGAUAUUUGA